AUGUCCCAUUUUUCAACAAAAUCGAUCCAUGGUGGUGAUCACGUCAAACCAACCAACGACGUCAUUUCACCCAUUCACAUCACUACAACCUACAGUUAUUCAUCCAACCCCGAUGAACUCAUCCCCGGUGGAUUGACUGACCCAACUACACUUGUAUAUUCGCGUGAAAACCACCCAAAUGCUGCUCAAAUUGAAGCCAUAGUUGAAGCUAUCACGGGGUAUCCCACUGUCGUUUACAAUUCGGGCUUGUCGGCAUUUAAUGGAUUGGUAACGCAUGUGAAUCCCAAGACUGUUGCUAUUGGACAAGCCUAUCAUGGAUGCCAUGGAAUCGUUGAUAUUUGGAAACGGAAUUAUGGAACAAAAGAAAUUGAUAUUGAUGAUGAAGAUUUCUCUAGUGUUGGGUCUGGUGAUUUGGUUCAUUUGGAAACUCCCGUCAAUCCAUAUGGUACUUAUUUUGAUAUCACGAAAUAUGCCAAAAGAGCCCAUGGCCAAGGUGCUUUGUUGUCUGUUGAUGCCACAUUUGCUCCACCACCUUUAUUAAACCCAUUUGAAUUUGGUGCUGAUAUCGUUAUGCAUUCAGCAACGAAAUUUUUUGGAGGUCAUUCUGAUUUAUUAGCUGGGUUAUUGCUCGUUAAAGAUCAAGCUACUAAAGAAAAAUUACUUUUGGAUCGAUUAGUCCUCGGUACAAACAUUGCCAAUUUAGAAAGUUCUUUGUUAGUUAGAAGUUUAAGAACAUUUGAAUUACGUGUGGCAAGACAAGCUAAAAGUGCAGAAACUAUAGUCAAGUUCCUCAAUCAACACAAGUCCAAAUUCCCUCAAUUAGAUAAGCUUUAUCAUGGAUCAUUACAAACUGAUGCAUUUAUCGCUAAGCAAUACCCCAAUGGCCAUACCCCGGUUUUUUCGAUUGAGUUGGAUACUGAACAAUACGCAAAAUCAUUUCCUUCGAAAUUGAAAUUGUUUCAUCAUGCAACUAGUUUAGGUGGUGCUGAAAGUUUAAUUGAAUGGAGAGCAAUGAGUGAUGAUCAUAUCAGUAAAAAAUUGUUGCGAUUGUCUAUUGGAUUGGAAGAUCCUCGUGAUUUGUUGAUUGAUUUGGUUACCGGGUUGACUCAAGAUGGCGGAAAUGAUGCUGAUUUAUUAGUCGAAGAAGUUAAAAAAUUGAAUUUAUAG